AUGCGUCGUGUUACCCCUGCUGGUGAAAAUGAAGAGAUUGAUGAGGCUUUGGCAGACCUGCGUGAGGACAUCGAAGUUACACGUCGCAUGUUCGAAAAAGACUGGCCAGGUGAUCAAGACAAGAACGAAGAUGAAGACUGUUCCGGCGAAGAACAGCCUGACGCCGCAGAGAUACUGGCUCAAGCCCACAAGGCCAAGGCAAAGGAGAAAACUUCGGUCACAUCAUUAGCUCCGAUCAAACCUGAGACAAUCGUGGUUGACAAGGCCGAAUGGGACGCGAUGAGAGCAGAUGUUGCCGAAUUAAAGGCGGUUCGAGCAGAUCUUGCUGAACUGAAAGCUCUCGUCACGCAGCAGUAUAGAAAGCAAGAGCCCCAGUCGGAAUCUCUUGUCGGACAGAAUAUCAAGGCGACGCCAGACAUCAAGAUAAAAGGUAAACAGCCAAGCGAAAUUAGUCCUCAUGAAUUGGAAAUGUCGCUCCGCCCAAAAAACAACAACUACUGCUGA